AUGGUAGACAACUUCCACGAAUUAAUGGUCCACAUGGCGAAGCUCUCAAAACUCUCUGCCCAAUCAAUGACCGAGUUAGGUCGACAAAAUCCGGGUCUCAUCCGCGAUACAGCGAUGUCAAUCCGACAAGGAUUGCGUAAAUGGUGGAGUUUACGACCUCCAGAGUUGCGAGACCAGAUUAACGACUGGCGAAGCCUUCCCCGGGCGAAACCACUAGCAGAGCCGGAGUUACUGGAACAAGAGUCGUUCGCGAGUAUCCGAUCCUGCAAGGAUGCGUGUAUCAUCUACCUACACCACAUCAUCAACCCAACUCGCAUAUAUAGCGAAGGAUCAGAAGUUUCCGUCGCAGCUGAAGACAUUCUGGAUAUUGCUAGGAAGACGCCAGAGGGAUAUGGGUUGGAAAUGGGUCUACUUUGGGGCAUGUUCAUGGCUGGAGUUGCCAUCUUCAAUGAUACCGAAGCAGAGGCUCUAAUCCGCCGAAAGUUAAGUUCAGAUGCAAGCAUCAGUAUCUACCAUGCCGAUCGAGGGCUAGAGUUAUUGGAGAUUCUCUGGGAGAGGCAACACCGACUCAAUUUGAAACUUGAUUGGAGGGAACUCCAGAAUGAAAUGGGCGUCCAGGUUUUAGCACUCACAUACGUGUCCAACAUCUCUACUUUCCUCGAUUCCGGUCGUUGGACUUUCGGUACAAUGUCUCCAUCGGUUGAAAUCUCCAUCCCAAACACCACCGUUUCGGGCGGUGACUCGAAACCCUACACCGUCUACAAUAUAAGCCUACGCUUCCAAUUACGUUCUUUUACUGUCCAGAAGCGCUACUCGGAUUUCCUGACUCUCCACUCCAGCCUGAGCGACCAGGUCGGCACCGCUCCGCCAGCGACCCUCCCUGCCAAAUCGUGGUUCUCCAAAUCCGUCUCCAAUCCCGAACUCACCGAAGAGCGACGGCGCGCGUUGGAAGUAUAUCUACAGACGAUCAACACCAUCGAAGACUCGAGAUGGCGCACCGCUAGUGCCUGGCGAGCCUUCCUCAACCUGCCGACCUCCCUUACCAACACCACCUCCUCCAAAGCCGGCGCCUUGCACUCGGUGAUCUCCGGGCCGGGCGGGGGCGGCGCACCUAUCACCGACGCCGUCGUCUGGCUGGACUGCCAUCGCGAGCUCAAGACGCAGCUGCAAGAUGCACGGCUGAACCUGACGAACCGCGACCAGGCCUCGACGCCCCAGAAGCAACACGAGGCCAGCGCAGCGGCCAAGUCCUCGCUCGUCAAAGCGGGCGGCAUGAUCGCCGCGCUCGAAGAAGGCCUCACCAACAUCCAGAAAGCCAACGAGGGCGACAGUGGGGGCUGGGGCGGACAGAAGCUCGGGGACGGCGAGAUGCGGCGGCGCAAGGACCUGAUCGCCACGGCCAAGAAGGACAAAGAGGGUCUCGAGAACCUGCUGACCGCCAUGGUCACCAAAUCCAAGCUGGACACCGCCGUCGCGUCGUUCCAAGACACCCAGAAUCUCAUGGGGACGCCGAGCGGCAGACCCAAAGCCGGCGGGCGCGUGCUGGGCAAGGAGACCGCGGAGACGAGGGAGCUGGACAACCAGGGCGUGGUGCAGUUGCAGAAGCAGAAGAUGGCCGAGCAGGAUCUCGACGUCGAGGAACUGCGCAAGAUCGUUCACAGGCAGAAAGAGCUGGGCAUCGCCAUCAAUCAAGAGUUGGAGGUGCAGAAUGACAUGCUCCGGAUGGUGGACGAGGAUGUCGACCGCGUCCAGGGCAAGAUCAAUAUUGCGAAGCGCAGGAUUGGAAAGAUAUCGUGA